CUCGUCUCGCGAGAAUUUCUCGCGCCAUUUCAAGUACAAGAAGUAACGUCGCGCGGACGACGGAGGAGCGGUCAAAGUCAACUUCGGCGACGUUUGACCCUUUUUGUUGCAGUCGGAGCCGACGAGGAGCUGAGUAACGAGCAUGGCGGACGACCUGGACAUUGAGGCGAUGCUGGAGGCUCCUUACCGGAAGGACGACAAGACGGCCAGCCCCAAUGGCGGGGACGAACAGGCCAAGAGCAGGAAGAAGCGCAGCCGUAGUCGCGACAGGAAGCGCAGCAAAAGUCGAGAGAGGAAGAGGAGUCGCGAACGCAAGCGCAGCCGGGAGAAGCGGCGCAGUCGCAGCCGAGAGCGCCGACGCAGUCGUGAGAGGGGCGGGCGCUACAGAGACUACCACAAGGCGCGGAAGCGAUCAAGGAGCAGGAGUCCCAUAAGGAGGGAGAAAAGUCCAAUCAGAAGAGAGAAGAGUCCCAUCAGGAGGGAGAAAAGUCCCAACAAGCCUCUGGUGGACAACUUGACUCCAGAGGAGCGAGAUGCUAGGACCGUCUUCUGCAUGCAGCUUGCUGCCCGUAUUCGACCUCGAGACCUUGAGGACUUCUUCUCUGCUGUGGGCAAGGUUCGAGAUGUGAGGAUGAUCUCAGACAGGAACUCGCGUCGGUCAAAGGGCAUCGCUUACAUCGAGUUUGUGGAGGCCAGCUCUGUUCCUCUCGCUAUCGGGCUGACAGGGCAGAGGCUGCUGGGAGUUCCCAUCAUUGUGCAGGCCUCGCAGGCUGAGAAGAACCGAGCAGCCGCCGCUGCGGCCGCCGCCAACAACCUUCAGAAAGGCUCAUCAGGACCCAUGAGGCUCUACAUCGGCUCGCUGCACUUCAACAUCACAGAGGAGAUGCUGAGAGGAAUCUUUGAGCCCUUUGGAAGGAUCGAAGGCAUCCAGCUUAUGAUGGACAGCGAGACGGGUCGCUCCAAAGGAUAUGGCUUUAUUACAUUUGCAGACGCAGAGUGCGCCAAGAAAGCUCUGGAGCAGCUCAAUGGUUUUGAGCUGGCAGGCCGGCCCAUGAAGGUGGGCCAUGUGACUGAGCGGAGCGACGGGUCCGCAGCCGCCUCUCUGCUGGACAGCGACGAGCUGGAGCGCACCGGCAUCGACCUGGGCACCACCGGGCGGCUGCAACUCAUGGCUCGGCUUGCCGAAGGUACUGGCCUGCAGAUCCCUCCCGCUGCCCAGCAAGCACUGCAGAUGAGUGGCGCCAUCGCCAUCGGUGCCAUGGCUGCCGUCUCAGCUGCCAUGAAUCCAUCCAUGAACCUCAACAUGAACCCCCCGGCACUCAACCUUCCCUCUCAGCCUUUGGCCACGCACUGCUUCCAGCUCUCCAAUAUGUUCAACCCCAGCAGUGAGGAUCAUCCUGGCUGGGAGAUGGAUAUCCAGCACGAUGUCAUUGAGGAGUGCAACAAACAUGGCGGCGUCGUUCACAUCUAUGUGGACAAGAACUCAACGGAGGGCAACGUGUAUGUCAAGUGUCCGUCCAUCCCUGCUGCCAUGGCGGCUGUCAGCGCUCUUCACGGACGAUACUUUGCGGGCAAGAUGAUAAAGGCGGCAUACGUGCCACUUCCCGCCUACCACAACCUGUUCCCGGACGCCGCCACUGCCACGCAGCUGGUGGUCCCGCCUCCGCGCCGAUGAUUCCGCUAGCGCUGGACAUGUUUUGAUAACUCGUUUUUGGAUCGUUCAGUAAGCUACUUCCUGUUGACUUUCUGUCGUGUUGAAAAUGUCGAGGGGGUGGCCUCCAUCGAGCGCGGACCCGUGCUGUCCAAUGAGUGAGCUCUGUGAGCUGCGAGGAGGCCCUAUCAUUGACGUCAAACAUUUGUCUUGGUUUUCUAAUAAAAUCCUUGAUUAAACUUUA